UUUUUUUUUCUUCCUCUCCCCUUUACUCUUCUUACUUUCAGGCCUGGUGCCACUUAAUACAACCUAUCACUAUACUGUGACUUAUUUACCACUCCGACUUAAUUCAAUUCUUCGAUAUCGUCGCCGGUCGACAAUACUACACUGCCCUCCACACAACUACAAUCGUAAUAAUUUCCGGCUCUUCUUGCUCAAUACAAACUUCACGACCAAUUCAGUCUCUACGCGCAAACUCGCUUCUUCGAUACCUUCAGCAAUCCUUACGCUUCAUUCAGUAAUCUUUCAACGUCUAUCCAUUCACUUGGCCCCGGACGAAUAGGAAAAGGAAUUUCCAACCUUCAGAAACAGUAAUCUCCAGACAAAGAAUCAAUUCUUCGAAUCGAAAGAUCAGAACAACAUUCAUAAUGGCCGCCAUCCAGCUUAACUUCACUCUCCGCACUUCCUCCAACUGCAAGACCGUCCACCUUCUCGGCUCCUGGGACGGAUACCAGGGCCAGCUCCCGCUCUCCAAGGACCCCAAGAAGAGCGGUGGCUGGGUCGGAUGCUUCAAGUUCAACGGCUCGACUCUCCAGCACGGUCAGCGCUACUGGUACUACUACAUCAUCGACGGCUACCACGUCUCCCACGACCCAGCCCGUGACCACACCACCGAGCCCACCACCGGCCGCAAGCUCAACAUCCUCGACAUCCCAUCCAAGAAGUCGUCCUCCUCCGAGAAGACCUCGUCCCGCGCUGAGCGCCAAUCCCGCCGCGUGAGCAGCGCAUCCAUCCCCAAGGGCCGCUCCCUCUCGCCUUCCCGCAUCGCUGCUCCCCGUCCUCAACGCCCCCACGAGACCCGCCAGGUCAUCAACACCCAGUACGACAAGGCGACCCUCGAGGCCCUGACCUCGCGCCUCACCCUCAGCGACAACCGCUCGUCCGACUCGUACUCCGACUCUGACUCGUACAUCGACUCCUCGGACGACGACUCCGAUGUCCCCUCCCUCACCUCCCGCUCCACCAACUCCUCCCGCUCCGGCCGCUCCAGCGUCUCCUCCAACUCCUCCUGCUGCACCUGCGAACGCUACGGCAUCACCCGCGGUGGAGACCGUGUCCGCCUCGACUGCGGCGGCUCGCGAUGCGGCUACUCCGACGAGUCCGACUGCUCCUCCGAGGACGAGUACCUCGCCUACCAGGAGAAGACCACCCGCCGCCAGGGCGUCCUCAUCCGAUCUUAAGCUCUUCAAUGUUCUUCUCCCCCAAAUUUUUCUUCGAUUCCCAUUCUUUUGUCCAUAUUUUACUUUUUGUCCCCUUUCUCAAGGAUGAUGAUAUUUUUUAUACUUGACGACUUUUCUCUAUUCUCUCUCUCUUCGGAAGACCAAUUCGCUCAUUACGAUGACACGUUGUAACAAACCCCCCCCACAUCCAUUACUGCUGGAUCCCAAAUGAAGCACACAACUCCCUAAGUGCGUAUUUCUAGGAAGGAAAGAUGCGAGGCCAUUAUUGCGCUGCAUGAUCGCUCGCCCACCCACAC